CGCAAAACCCUACUACACGGUUACAGAGUUCAAUACCAGUCUUCCCUACAACGGCGUCGUUUAGCCAGAACCCUAGCCCUGACGAGACCCUGCGAAAAUGGGAAUACCAGCGUUCUACAGAUGGCUAGCGGAUCGAUACCCACUUGCGGUAGUGAACGCUGUGGAAGACCGUCCGGCCGUCGUUAACGGCGUCUCAGUCGCCGUUGACACCACCAGGCCUAACCCUAAUGGGAAUGAGUUUGAUAAUCUGUAUCUUGACAUGAACGGAAUCAUUCAUCCUUGUUUUCAUCCUGAGGGCCUGCCUGCUCCGAAGACAUAUACAGAUGUUUUUAAAGCAGUUUUCAAGUACAUUGAUAGAAUCUUCUCAUUGGUCAGGCCUCGGAAACUUCUGUACAUGGCAAUUGAUGGUGUUGCACCACGAGCUAAGAUGAAUCAACAGCGAGCAAGGCGUUUUAGAGCUGCUAAAGAGGCGGCUGAUGAUGCCUCUGGGACGGAGAGGCUGAAAACUGUGUUUGAAUCAGAAAUGGAAAUGUUAGCUCUUUUGGACCAAACUAAAAAGCUGGACUCAAAUGUUAUCACACCUGGUACUGAAUUCAUGGCGUUAUUGUCAUCAGCUCUUGAAUAUUACAUACAUUUGAGGAUGAAUUUGGAUCCCGGAUGGCGAGGAAUCAAGGUCAUUCUUUCUGAUGCCAAUGUGCCUGGAGAAGGGGAGCAUAAGAUAAUGUCUUACAUCCGCCUGCAAAGAAAUCUGCCAGGGUUUGAUCCAAACACACGACAUUGUUUGUAUGGAUUGGAUGCAGACCUUAUCAUGCUUGCAUUGGCUACCCAUGAAAUCCAUUUCUCUAUUUUGAGAGAGGAUGUUCAUAAGGCAUACCGAAAGGAUAAAAAUAACAAACCUAGGAAGGAUUCUUUAUUGGUAAACAAGAGAGGGAAGUCAAAACAAGGGGAAGUGGGUGGUGAGGAUAUAGAAGACUUCAUCUCAAGGCAGAAAUUUCAGUUUCUUAACAUAUGGACGCUCAGGGACUAUUUAGCACAUGAUAUGAGUAUCCCAGAUCGAAGUUUGAAGACUGACCUUGAGCGUCUGAUUGAUGAUUUUGUCUUCAUGUGUUUGUUUGUUGGAAAUGACUUUUUACCUCACAUGCCAUCAUUGGAAAUAUCUGAGGGAGCCAUUGAUCUUCUUAUGACAGUCUACAAAAAGGAAUUUGUUCAAAUUGGCGGUUACCUCACCAAUUCAUCUGAGGUGUAUUUGGAAUGUGUGGAGCGCUUUAUGCAAGUUGUGGGAUCUCAUGAGAAUGCAAUAUUUAGGAAACGCAGCCAGGUACAAAAGAAACGAGGGGUCCGUUUUCAAGGAUCUUCAAAUAAAAAGACUGUCUCUGAUUAUUCAACAACUCCGUGUGUUGAGCCACAGGGGAUGACUGGGAGUUCUGGAUCUUCUUUAGAGCCCAGAAAAACACCAUUCUGUCAAGAUUCAAAAAAUUCUACAGUUAAGGAGAUUCAGUGCUCAACCAACUGUAUAUCCACUGGUGCAAAUUCUCUAGUUGAUAAGAUAAAACUGGGGGAAGACGGCUGGAAGGAAAGGUUCUAUGUUGAAAAAUUUGAGGCAAAAACUGAAGAUGACCGUGAGAGAGUUCGAAGGCAUGCGGUCUUGAAAUAUAUAGAAGGGAUUUGUUGGGUCAUGCAUUAUUAUUAUCAAGGAGUAUGCUCCUGGCAAUGGUUUUAUCCUUAUCAUUAUGCUCCAUUUGCUUCGGAUAUUUAUGGUCUUGAUCAGUUGGACAUUCAAUUCACACUUGGGAAACCCUUCAAGCCAUUUGAUCAGUUGAUGGGUGUGUUGCCUGCUGCAAGUGCACAUGCACUUCCUUUGUACUACAGGAAAUUGAUGAUGGAUGAGACAUCUCCUAUUCUGGAUUUCUAUCCUGCUGAUUUUGAGCUUGAUAUGAAUGGAAAACGUUAUCCUUGGCAGGCCAUCUGUAAAUUGCCGUUUAUUAAGGAGUCUCGUCUUCUUGCAGAGAUUGCAAAAGUGGAAAGCACAUUGACGGAUAAGGAGAAGUUGAGAAACAGGUUGGGUAUGGAUGCACUAUUUAUUCACAUCUCUGAUCCUUUAGCAGUGAAGAUAUUUUCCUUUUAUAAGCGAAAGAAAGAUCAUCCAAAGUUGCCCAUGGCUAAAGUCAAGAGAAAAAUUGACCCAAAAUUCAGUGGUGGAAUGAAUGGGUACAUGUAUAUUUCCGAUAGACCUGUCUGGCCAGCAGAAUUCUAUUCACCAAUUGAGGACAUGGAGAUGAUAGCUCAAAACAAAGUCAUAUCUAUCUUUUAUAAAUGCCCUUCUUUUCAUCCCCACAUCCCAAGGCCACUAGAGGGCGUGGUUCUGCCUGGAAAAACUGUCAUAAAGCCGCACUUGUUGCGUCCGCCUGUUUUGUGGCAUGAGACAUCAGCAGUCUGCGGUCGCAAAUUUUCCGAAAGAUCUAGAAAAAGAAAGCGGAGCAGUCACAAGGAUGGGCCACAUGACAAGUUCAAGAACCAGAACCACCGGGGUAAUGGCCGACUCAGAAAAGGAAAACGGAGAAAGGUCACAGAACCCAGAAAUGGAAGAGCUAGAUUUCCUUGAGCCCCAUACUUCUGUCUAUACAGGUUUUCCAACCAGCAUGGCGGUUUCAAGCAUUAUUUUGCUGUCCCAGAUAGCAAAUUCAGGAUAGAGGAUCGGCAUUGACAGGAAGUGCAGCAAGCCUUGCAGAGUGCCCCUGAAGAAGAGUUCCCUUGACGACAAAACCCAGAAAAGUAGAAGAGGUAGAGAUUUCCUAAGAGAUGCCCCUAGUUCUUUAUUUGUUCAAUAGUUCAGACUCUAACCUGGGAAUUUUGUAGGUUAUCCAGGCAACACUGUAAUAUUAGCUUUGUUUUAAAUGAGCUUUUAUCUCAAUUUUCCUCUCGACUGAUGUACUUUUUAUUUGUAAAACUGAGUUGUAAUUUAUACGAAAACAAGGAAGAAAGAAUCAGUUAGGGGGUGUUUGGUAGAUCAA